GCAAGUGUAUUCAAUAACAUUGGGCAGCCUAUCUUUAAAUUAAGUGACAGCAUCCUAGGGACGCUUAUUAGAACGCUCAAGUGUUUACACGGACCUUACUUCACAAGAAAUAAUCAAGAAUAAGAUCUCAAAUGCUUUUUACUAGAGUAUUAAACGGUUGUGCUGUUCGCGAGGCCUGACAAGUGCCGUUGUACAAGUUUCUGUUAAAAAACGUCGAGUUUCGUUCUGAGAAUAAGCUACGUAACUAAGAGCCAUGUUACCCCCCAUGGACAUUGUUGUCAUCACCAUCUACGUCAUACUUAUUUUGAUUGACAUCAUCGGGAAUACUCUUCUUGUGUACAUCAUACUGUCAUGUCGCAAGAGAGAGCGAAGACCACGUGACAUGAUCGUCCUAAAUAUGAGCAUCGCRGACCUCAUGGUUGGGAUAUUCUUUUUCCCGCGUCAUUUACUGCGUCACGCAUUCUCUCAUCCGGUAGGUAACGCUGGUGACUUGUUAUGUAAGCUUGUUACAGGGGGGAAUCUGGCAUGGAUUGGWGCGACGGCGUCUAGCUUCUCCAUCGUCGUGCUAUCGUUUGAGAGAUUCUUUGCUGUUAUUUAUCCCUUCAAACAACGCUUCACCAUCAACAAAGUGAAGUUCACUGUCGUCUUGUGUUGGAURUAUGCUUUUGUGUUCAUGUCUCCGCUCUUCCUCGUGCUAGAAAUAGAUCCUAAAAUCAACUCGUGCAUCGAGAAUUGGACAGACUUAAAAGCAGCAUCGGCGUUCUCGACACUUACACUGAUUUUCCUAUUAAUUAUCCCYUUGGUCUUGAUGUCAUACCUWUAUGGUCGGGUCAUCAAACGCUUAUGGUUUAAAAAGAACUCUAYUGUACAACCCACCACGCAAAACUUUGCAGUCAAGUCACGCAAGAGCGUGACCAAAAUGCUGCUUAUCGUGACUCUAAUCUACGUCAUCUGUUGGUCAUCGGACCUCAUUCUAUAUAACAUUCUAGCCUCGCAAUGGAACAGCGCUGACCCYGUGUACAGUCUCCCAGAGGCCUUGGUUCUUCUCAAUUCCAGCGUUAAYCCCGUCGUCUUCAGUCUUUGUAGUCAGCGGUUUCGAAAGCGAUUUGUGAGUAUUUUGAKGCGUGAAAAGCCAAGUAGUACGGGGGUACUGACGGGGGGGAACGUUGACGGGAAUACCGAUGGCAAACGAGUAGUGGCCAUUAGUUAUCCACUGGAGGACAACGAUACAACCCMUAGGGAAUAGUUCUGAUAUCAGCUAACAUCCAUAUUUGGUGAUGUUGCCUUAUUUGGAAUCAAGUUUGCCUUAUUUGGAAUUAAUCUUAUUGUUCCAGCAAAGAGUUUCUGGAUGAGCCAUAUUUCUUACUUUUCAUGUUAAUUCACCGUUGUUGAAAUUUCUGACAAUCCGCAUAACAAUUGGCAUUCAUACAUGGCACCUUAUUCAGAACAAAAAUUACAAAAAAAAGUACAAAAGUACAAAAAUUUGGCUAGUCUAAGGUACUGAAAGCUUCAAAUUGUGCAACGUUACGCAGUAAUAGCAAGCAGAAUGAUGGGAAAGUUUGUGGACUGUGUCAAUSGAACGAGAAGUGAUGGUUCGCAUAACACCAUCGGCAAAUAAAGUUGGGUCAUGAAAUAAAUGACAUUUUUGRAUGGCUGCACAGGAACACUGUGACAUUCUAUAACAUUUAUCAUCUGUAGUACUGUACUAUAAGCCUAAUAAUAUAAUGAUAUAUGAUUCUACACGUAUUUUAUCCAUCGAUCUUGUCUUUGUACAGUAAUAUUUAUUGCUUGGUUUGAAAAUAUGUAAAUAAAAUAUGGAAGAAUUAA